AUAGUGAAAGGAAGAUCAACAUCAGACCGUCCUUUAAACAAAUUCCUCACAUACUCGUCCCUUUGGACCCCACAUUUUCACAUGCUUUGGAAAUAUAUUCUCAUUUUUAACUAGUGAAAAUGAAUUUUAGUAAGAUUUAUUUAUCUUUGACCAAAAAAAAAGAAAAAAAAGUAAGAUUUAUUUAUCUAAAUUACUCCUCGGUUUGUUUUUUGUUCGUUUGAUAGGAAAAUAUUUUAGAGCCAAGCCAGAUGAAGACCAAGCUGUCGCCUUCGAGUCUCCACAUUCUAUCAAUUAUGCAACAAAUUAAAUGUUUGCUUCAUCUUAAUGCACAACAAAACGCUACUAACUAAAAAAAAAAGGUUAUGACCCGUAGCAAACACGCAAGUUAUUCGGACAACAAACACAUCAUAAUCUCCUCAACGCCUCGAUAUCAUCAUCUACCAUUCUCUAUGUAUACACACAAACAUGUGUCAUGUGGGUGCGCAUAACUUCGUGUAAAUACGUUCUAAAUUUCGUAUACUCAUUUUGUAGUAUCAAAAUUCCCACUCGCCAUAGUCCUCAAUAAACACCCCAACCAAGUUCCAUGAACCCUCGCUCACUCUAUUCAGACUCACCCUUCAUUGUGAAAACACACACAAAAAGGAUCCAAAGAUCAAAGUAAAAUAUAUACCCAUUUAGUUUUCGAAGAUUUUGAGGAGAAUGGUGAUGAAGAAAGCAAGCAAGCUAGCACAAAAGGCAGUGAUCAAGCAAAUCUUGAAGAGAUGCUCGAGCUUGGGGAAGAAACAGAGUAAUGCAUACAGUGAAGACGAAAACGGGCAUCCUCUUGACGUACCUAAAGGCCAUUUUGUCGUCUAUGUUGGAGAGAAUCGGGUCAGGUACGUUGUGCCCAUUUCGUUUUUGACCCGAGCCGAGUUCCAGCUUCUUCUCCAGCAAGCAGAAGAAGAGUUUGGUUUUGAUCACGAAAUGGGUCUCACUAUCCCUUGUGAAGAAGCCGUUUUCCGAUCUCUCACCUCCAUGCUCCGAUAAACAUAAAUUUUGGGGUUUUGCUUCUCCUUUUUCAAUUAUAUAUUUGGGAUGGUUGAUUAGGAUGAGAGAGGGGAAGCUGCUGAGUAAAUGCUUAUAUGUUCUAGCAAACUAAUUUUUGUAUGUUUUGUCUAAUGUAUGGGUUUAGUGUUGUAUUAGAGUGAGACCUAACCCUUAGAUAAUAGACCCAAUGAUAAUGAU